AAUUCGAUUGGGUCUCACCGGUUUUGCUUAUUAACCACAAUUAGCUUGAUGAUUGUCGGAAGCUGGGCAAGGCCUUGGUCGCAAUAUGCUCAGAAAUCGGUCAAUCUUCGUAAUCGCCGCUGUUUGUAUGUAUAGGACCUAAUAUAUACAUCAGGGUGUAGUACGAUAAGUGUACGCAAAGACGAUCAAUCAUGUAUACGGCUUCGUUCGAAGUUCAUUACUUGCUGAGACACCCAACCCCUUAUAAUUAUUGACCGUUCUAACGAUUCGCGAGUCAUCCGGCCGGUCCUCCAAUUGGCGUUCGCUCAGCUUGGAAUAUAGACGCUCAACCCCACGAUCAUGCACCUUUCAACUCCUUUGCCUAUUGUCCGGGUCAUGGUUUAAUCAACCUUAUUCCUUUACGGCCACCACCAGGGAAUCGUCCCAAACCAAGGAAUCCUUUCAAUUCACCCCUCACCCUGCGUUUACCGUGAUUAUUAGAUAUGUCAGAUCAGUUGAUAGAAGACCCGAGUUCGGAGGAUUGGGCUCUCAUUGAGAGGGCUAUCCAGGCCGAAUCCUGGGAUCGGGAAGCUGCAUGGUCAACUAUGAUGAAGACCAUUGAUUCUCCACCAUCUGCGCAAGGAUUGACAUCGCACAGCGAUUCUCAAACUGGUGCCAACAUAGACGGACAGAGCUCCACAGCACCCGGUGCCCGAGCACUUCAAUCAAACGCUGGUCCCGAACUCCAGCAGUCGCAACCCCUUGACGAAUCUUCUUCGAAUGAUAUCGAGGUUCCGCCGCAACGUUCAAUGAAACCUCUUCCCCGUAGAGUAUCGAUUCGCCACGAUGAAAACGUUUCUCCCAGACCUCUCACUCCUGCGUUUGGAAUAUCUUUCAACUACACUCCGUUAGCCUUGAACUCUCCAAUGCUUCCCUCCGAUAAAUCGAAUACAUCGUCGACGAUGACCAGAAAACCGAAUAGCCCCUGCAUUGAUAACAAUGUCAAACGACCUUAUUCUCCACAGCCAUCUAUGAUCAUAUCUGCAUCACACCCUCAUUUGGGUCCAGUAAGUGCUGCGUGCGAUGAUGAACUGUUUGAUACAGCUUCCUUGCUGUCGGAAUCGCAGAUAUAUCAAGAUAAUCACGGCGACGAUGCAGGGGGGGAUGAUGACGAGGGGAUGGAAUUUGACUGGGACGCAAUCAGAGAAAUUGAAGAUGAAGACGAAGACGAAGACGAAGGACCAGAAGAGGAGGAGGAGUUUCAGUUUGUUCCUGCUCGAUGGGAUGAUAAGGCCAUGGGCGGGGAUGAUGAUGAAGACAAUGAAGAGGGUGUCGAAGAAGAAAACACUGAACAAAGUGAAUAUGUCUCCGAAGACAAAGACCAAGACCAGGGUGAUCUGGUUUUCCCUAUCCCGGUCAAAUGCGAGUGGAUGUAUCAAGUGGCAGAAAAUGCGCCGCUUCUCGCCUGUAAUUUCCCUGCCAGAUCGCUGAGCGAAGCCAAGAUUCACGCCAACCGACACGCGAGAAACAAUGCUACAAAACUGUCAGAUGAAAAGGAGAUGCUUGUGGUUAAUUGUCGGUGGCGCGGAUGUGAUUUUGACAAAUACAAACUCAACGAGUACAUUACGCAUUUCAGCGUGCAUUUGCUGCUGGCAGCAAGGGAAUAUUGUGCUUGAAUACAGUAUCUAGAUUUAUUCUUUUUGCUCCAUCCUUCCGAACUUAUGAACAUUCAAUUCACGGUCUGUGCGAACUUCGAAGCACCAAAUACGGUCAUGUAAAAUAGAAAUUGAUAACACUUGCUUUGACCGUCGGUUCUGCACUGCUUCCGGCCUUUGAUGCGUCGGCGGAACCCAAUUUCUUCCUUCUUUUCC